AGCUGAGGCUAAAGAUAGACGCACCGGAGGAGGGGUAUAUAAGCCCCCGGGAAUAUAGGUGCAACGCGGCUCCACAGUAUCUGUUCUUACUUGAGCAUCCAAACCUCCACCCUCUAAAGAUGGCACCAAAGAAGGCUAAGAGGAGGGCAGCAGCAGGAGACGGUGGCUCCUCCAACGUGUUCUCCAUGUUUGAGCAGAGCCAGAUCCAGGAGUACAAAGAGGCCUUCACAAUCAUUGACCAGAACAGAGACGGCAUCAUCAGCAAAGACGACCUGAGGGACGUGCUGGCCUCAAUGGGUCAACUGAACGUGAAGAACGAGGAGCUGGAGGCCAUGAUCAAGGAGGCCAGCGGCCCCAUCAACUUCACCGUCUUCCUCACCAUGUUUGGAGAGAAGCUGAAGGGCGCCGAUCCCGAGGACGUUAUCCUCUCUGCCUUCAAAGUCCUGGACCCCGAGGGUACUGGAAGCAUCAAGAAGGAAUUCCUCGAGGAGCUCCUGACCACCCAGUGCGACAGGUUCUCCCCCGACGAUGUCAAGAGGAUGUGGGCCGCCUUCCCCCCAGAUGUGGCCGGCAACGUAGACUACAAGAACAUCUGCUACGUCAUCACACACGGAGAGGAGAAGGAGGAGUAAAAAGAGAAAGACAGCCAUCCCUCUGCUUUCCCUUUCUUCUGCCCUCCUCUUCCUUCCUGCUCACCUUUACUGUGUAAAACCCACAAGCUCAACCGUUCAUUGUUCACACCAAAGACUCGGCGCGGUUGACGCCCAGGGGGACGUCUGCGUUUGCUUAUGGGGAAUAGGGAUGAUUUUGUUUCCAAUAAAAUUAUCCUGUGACACCAAUUCCAACACCGAGAUUCACUCAAACCACCUCUCUCUCUUGUUUCCUUCCACCCUCGCCGGCCUUUCCCUCAGCAUCUGAGAGGAGCAAAAGGUCGAUUUAAGAGGGGCUCGCCAGCCACGAACGCCCUUCUGGUUGCAAGCAGCGAGGGGAGUGAGAGUACUUUCUGGUAAAAGGGGAAAACGGGGCGGCAUCCUUAAAGCGAUGCCGGUUCCUCCCUCCUUGAGACGUGAAAAUAAUCGGCUGAAGGAAUGGGGAGAAGGGCACGAAAGAAAACAUUAACGUCUUCGAUUCCUUUCCCUCCACUCCUUCCGGCUUUCAUUAAAUCGCCUUCUUUUCCAUAAGCUGUCCGAGAUCCAGCGACUGACCUUCAAUGCCUUUCCUCUGUAAUGAAUAAAGGGACAAAAUGUGAAUAAAACCACUUUGUUUUUUUA